CGAUUGCUUUUGAUGGCAACCAAUUGUUGACAUUCCAUCUCAUCACAUUUCAUCUGCAUUUUUAACAAUGCAUAUUUAGUUUUGUAUCUAGCUUAGCUUAUCAAUAUUCGUUCGAUAUGAGAGCGGAUUUUUAAGAAAUAGCUGUACAAAUAAGUAUUUCAAGCAUUAUGUAUUUGUAGUUGUAUUAACAUUUCAACGCCCAAAUGAGUUAUCCAGUUUUGGUUGUGGUGUGCAUUAAAAUUGGUGUGUAUAAUUUCCGCUAAAUGGGGGAUAGGUCAACGAAUCGUUCGUGAGCGCUGUGUUUGACAACAAGAGACCAAUUGCUUUGUGCAGGAGUGAUUUACUGCGAAGCGUAUUAUUACCUCGCGAUAGCUAGCAUACUUUGAUUGAAUUGUGCCACAGUUUGCACCAGGACAGUGAUUAGAAUGAUCGCGCAAAACAAUGUACGAAGUACAAACAACGAUCCAGUAGAAUCGUCAGAAUCGUAUCCCAUUACCGGAGGAACUAACGGGACAGGAACGUCCCGGCUGUUUCGACAGUUCGGUAGUUUGUUUUCGUCUCCUGCCCCGACAACAGAUCCAGCUGGAUAUGUGGAAUUCGGCAGCAUCUCCGAUCCCGUGGCAAGUUCCGGACGUACGCUGGGAACGUUUGCGGGUGUCUUUUGUCCCGUAGCGUUGUCCAUGUUUAGUGCGCUCGUGUUUAUUCGAGUUGGUUUUAUCGUGGGCAAUGCUGGCCUGUAUGUUACACUGUUGCAGUUUAUUAUCGCUUACGUCAUUUUGCUUUUCACCGUUUCGUCCGUAUGUGCGAUCUCGACCAAUGGUGCCGUUGAGGGUGGAGGUGUAUAUUUUAUGAUAAGCCGCACACUGGGUCCGGAAUUUGGCGGCUCCAUAGGAACACUGUUCUUUCUGGCGAAUGUAGUAGGUUGUGGUUUGGCGAUAUCUGGAUGUGCCGAAGGUAUUAUACAAAACUUUGGUCCCUCGGAUGGCACUGGCAGCGGUUCAAUUCCGGAUGGCCGUUGGUGGCGCUUCCUCUACUGCAGUUCACUCAACACGCUGAUGCUUAUUGUCGUGUUAAUUGGUGCGGAAAUGUUCGCCAAAACAUCGAUGAUGAUUUUGGGAGUGGUGGUCAUUUGUUUGCUGUCGACAUACGUCAGCUUCCUGACGCAGGGGCCAAUGGACGUGAGCAUACCGCAUGAGAAUAGCUUGGUGAACUUCACCACCGCACGCUAUACCGGCCUGCAGGCGGAUACGCUUUGGUCCAAUUUGCACACCAAUUAUACAAAGGAUUACACUUCGAACGGGAAUCAAGUGAAUUUUGCCGUUGUGUUCGGUGUACUGUUCUCAGGCGUCACCGGCAUCAUGGCCGGUGCAAAUAUGUCCGGGGAGUUGAAAAAUCCAUCCAAAAGCAUUCCAGCCGGCACUCUGUCUGCUGUGCUCUUUACUUUUCUGUGCUACAUGGCAUUAUCAGUGCUGAUUGCGGCCACCACCACAAGCACUUUGCUGCAGAACAAUUUCCUAUUUCUUGGGCCAAUCAACUUGUGGCCAACGUUUGUAACCAUUGGCAUUUUGACGGCCACUUUUUCUACCGGUUUAAGUAACCUGAUUGGCGCAAGCCGUGUAAUGGAGGCUCUAGCGAAGGAUCGUGUGUUUGGUCCACUGAUGAGCUUUGUUGUGAAGGGUACGUACAAGAAUAAUCCAAUUGCUGCCGUAAUCGCGAGCUGGGUUUUGGUGGAAGCAAUUUUACUAAUCGGUUCGCUCAACACAAUCGCCCAGAUUAAUUCGGUGCUAUUCAUGCUGGCAUAUUUAGCGACCAACUUGGCAUGUCUGGGUAUUGAAAUAACUGGAGCACCUAACUUCCGGCCAACCUACAAGUAUUUCACAUGGCAUACUGCAUUUAUUGGCCUGCUUGGGACAGCAAUUAUGAUGUUUGUGAUAAAUUCUAUAUAUGCGCUAUCUAGUAUAAUACUUUGCCUGUUACUUGUGAUAGCACUGCAUUUAUUUUCGCCGGCCUCGCAAGGCGCACAAUGGGGUUCCAUUUCACAGGCACUGAUGUUUCAUCAGGUGCGUAAAUAUUUGCUUAUGUUAGAUUCAAGAAAAGAUCAUGUAAAGUUCUGGCGUCCGCAAAUGUUGCUGCUUGUGUCCAGUCCACGCUCCUGUUGUCCCCUGAUACAUUUCGUAAACGACAUGAAAAAAGGUGGUUUGUAUGUGAUUGGGCACGUAAAAGUGGGUGAGUUCGCGGAUAAUGAUUCAUCGAAUGAUCCUACGAUCGAGGAAUACACUCAGUGGCUCUCGCUAGUUGACCAUAUGAAGGUGAAGGCUUUUGUAGAGCUUACACUAUCUAGAAACGUUCGCGAAGGCAUUCAGCAUCUCAUUCGAAUAUCCGGUAUGGGAGCGAUGAAACCUAACACAACCAUUCUUGGUUUCUACGACGAGGAACAGUCGAAAGACUUUUUUGAACAUGAGGACUCACCCUACAAAACCAGUGAAUUUGAUGGCAAUGGGAUUAAAUUGUUCCCGUAUCGCAAGAGCGGCGAAUCGAAGUCACUCGGAGUGGUUGACUAUGUACGGAUCAUCGAUGAUGUAUUACGGAUGAGGAAAAAUCUCUGUCUAUGUCGUCACUUUCAUCGAUUGGACAAGCAAAUGAUUGCGCGUAACAACCACAUCCGCUACAUAGAUGUGUGGCCAGUGAAUAUUUUCGAGCCGAAAAAUGAGGAUCCGUUUGAUGUCGUGUCACAAUUUAUGAUGCAGUUGGCUUGCAUAAUUAACAUGUUGCCUGUUUGGAAGAAGUUGGAGCUACGCGUGUUUCUAUGUGAAUCGGAAACUGUGUCAGAAAAUAGUGCUGCUUUUGAACGGCCCGCAGAACACCGUCUUGAUCAACGAUUGAAGUUGCUAAGAAUUUCAGCAUCCAUCCAUAAGAUUCCGGAAUGGAAUAAAGAUAUUGAUUUUGCAAAACACCGCAAUAUUAUUAAACAAUUCACCGGUAAUAGCGAUAGUAGUCAAUUGAUGGCUGAAGAAAAUAUUAAUCGCUCUAAAUUAUACAUGCAAAGAAUCAAUCAAUUAAUACGCGAUAGAUCCAAUGCAACGGCUGUGACAUUUAUGUAUCUUCCAACGCCUCCAGCUACUCCAUCCGUUGAUUAUAAGGAAAAGUGUCACCACUAUCUCGAUCUAUUGACUGAGCUUACGUUCGAUCUUCCCCCAACUAUACUUGUCCAUGGUAUUGAUGCUGUGACCUCAACUACUCUUUAAGAGAGAAAAAAUAGAUAUGCGCACCACCUCCUCGUUGGAUUUGAUCUGUUAGUUUACGUGUUUCUUUUCUACGAAUGCGACCUCCAGAGCAUACAGAAAAAAAUAUAUAUCGAACACAAUUAAUUAUAAAAUGUAGCGCGCAACACAUGUAUGUGAAAAGGCAAUUUUUAGGUGUAAUUUGAAACUAACAUAAAAACAGGCUGCAAACAGG